AUGGGCCGGUGUGUUGAGACGCACUGCAGUGAACCGGAAGACAAAUUUGCCGAAUUCCAAUAUCUUCGACGGGUUUUCAGAGAAAAUGGUUACCCGCGCAACUUCGUCAACCAGUGCCUGCGCAAACGAGACCAGCGACGAAACCGUGACGACCCCAAAUUCUGGCGAGCGAUCGCGUACAUCAAGAAAGUCUCCGAGGCCGUUAGCCGUCUUCUUGCACCUCUUGGGGUUGGAGCUGCACACGGACCGGAGGCCACCAUGAGGCGUCAGGUGAUGAGACCAAAAGACCCACUGACACGGCAUGAAACAUCUGGAGUCGUUUACCGGAUCUGGUGCAGUUGCGGACAAAGCAACUACGUCGAAGAAACUGGACGACUGCUCCGAACGCGAAUUGUCGAACACGCGGCAGCGGUACGGAGGAAUGACGCCAACUCUCAGGUCGCGGCCCAUUCAACGAGACCCGGCCACACAUUCAAGUUCGAUGAGGCCGAAAUUCUCGCGAGAGGGGAUAAUCGUGUGAGCCGCGAGUUGCUUGAGUCAUGGUUCACGGGACCUCAAUCUAUCAACAAGUGCAACGACAUGCCCACUCCAUACUCCGUGCUGAGGCAUGGGCUGGCCAAGAUAAUUGACCACUCGGGGCGCGCGCAAGCCGGUGAGACAGAUGGCCGAGCAAUCAUCACGCCAGCAUCCAACACCGGUGAUGACAUUUCGGUAAUUAACAACUUGCAUGCCGGCCAGCAAGCAAUUAGCGCACCAGCAGGCAACGAUUCUUCAUGA